AUGGCUCACCACCCGUCAUUUACUCUUGCCGGCCUCUUGGCCGUCGGCGGUACUGCCGGCUUCCUGAAAACGCAGUCCAAGCCGUCGCUCAUCGCGGGCCUUGGACUCGGAGCCGCUUACGCGUAUUCUGGCAAGUCGCGGAGUGUUCCUCGUUACCUCCUCAAGGAGAACAAGGACUACGGCGCGGAACUCGCUCUCGGAAACAGCAUCGUGCUGCUUGGCGCUGGCGCCUCCAGGGCCAUCAAGACUGGAGGAAAAGCACCCAUACCACUGGCCCUCACAUUUGCUGGUGCAGCGGCGACAUUCUACUAUCAGAAGAAGUACCGGGAGUUCAAGUUUGGGGUCUAA